AUGACCUCUUUCAACCAACACACGACCGGCUCAGAAGUCGCCAAAGCCCUCACCUCCCGCUCAACCGGAAAGACCUUCAUCAUCACCGGCCCCUCAUCCAACAGCAUCGGCGGCGCAACCGCCAUUGCUCUCGCCCACAGCCAUCCGAAAACCAUCUUCCUCGCCGGACGCAGUGAAUCGAAAAUCCUGCCCGUCAUCAAGGAUAUCAAAGCCGUUGACAGUGCGGUCGAUGUCAUUUUCGUACCCUUGGACUUGGCUUCCCAGGCAAGUGUGAGGAAGGCCGCAGGGGAGAUAUUGGCGAGUGGGAAGGCGGACGUUGUGCAUGGGCUGAUUAAUAACGCGGGGAUUAUGUGUGUGAUGCCGUAUCAGGAGACGGUAGAGGGGAUUGAGUUGCAGUUUGGUAUUAACCACAUCGGCCAUUUCCUCCUGACGAACUUGCUGCUUCCGCGCAUUGUAGCUGCUGGUCCGCAUGCCAGGAUUGUUAAUGUGGCAAGUACGGGCUAUAUGUUGGGAGAUUUGGAUAUGGAGAAUUAUAACUUCGAUAACGGGAAGACUUAUCAUCCUUGGUUGGCGUAUGCUUCUAGCAAGACGGCAAAUAUCCUCUUUAACACCUACCUUGCUUCUCAUCUCCAAGACAAGGGAGUAGAGGCUUUUGCUCUGCAACCUGGCAUGUUGAAGAGACAAAUAGUGCCACCGACUGAACUCUACGUCCACACCCGCGACGAGAAUAGCCUCGCAUCCUUCACUGAAGCCUUCAAAAUCAUAACCAAGAGAUGGGAAGGCAAAACACCACCUUCUGGCGACCUCAAGGGCGAUGAGAAGACGCUUGAGACAUCGGCCAGUACGCUUGUGUUUGCGGCGUUGGAUCCGGGGCUUGAUGGCAAGUCUGGCCUGUUCCUAAGGAACUGUGAGCCGUUCCCUGUUGAGGGGUAUGCGACUAAUGCGGAGAGGGCCGAAAAGCUGUGGAAGUUGAGCGAGAAGCUUGUUGAGGAGAAGUUUGAUAUCUGA